CCACACCGCAACAGAACAUAAAUUAAACGUACAUGUUUAUCCUGUAUAUUUCAUUGUAUUCCCUUCCUUUAAAACAAACGCCUAUGCAGUCAUUAACUGGCCCCAUGUAGGACAAUCGGGAUUUCAAACUCCGCGAAAUUUUUGCCGCCGGAAUUUGAAAUCCUGGGCUUUGGAAUCCGGGAUUCAUCCUAAAGAAUCCGAAAUUCCGCUAACGUUUGCAAUCUGGGAUCCAAGUUCCACUUACAAGGAAUCCAGAAUCCAGAAUCCACUGGGUGGAGUCCAGAAACAAGGAUGAUUUUGGUGUUGUGGAAACCAUUAUUGGUUCGCUUUUGUGUUGUGGUUUUACCUGUUCGCAACACCAAGUAACUGAAUUGAAGCCUGUUUUGAAUUACCUUUCUUGGGGGUAAUCUAUGGAUGGAUGUACUAAUGUAAUUCUAUUCUGAUUCUCCACAAUGAAUUACAUCUGCUGAGGCAAACGUCUAACUUUUCAUAGGAUGCACCAACCUUAGUGAGUUAAGAUCACGAAAAGUUCGACCUCUUGCUUAGAUAAGUUGUCUUAAAGCGUUUGGAUCUUCCAACACGUUCUACCCGUCUGCUUCAGCCGCAUAGAAUGUCUGAAGAUCAUCCCCGUGACAAACGUCGAUCUCAACUUUCGACGAACUAAAUUAAUAAAUUAAACAUUUGUAUGAUAAUACACAAAUGUCCAGUGCUGGCCACAAGAUCCCUUCUUUCCUGUUUCAUCCUUAGUUCCACACUUCUCAGAGGUGUGGAAAUGUAGAAAAGUCCGACAAAGUAAGGAUAAUGUCGCACUUUUCCCCCAGUCAUGAACCCUUUGUCAUUCUUUGCUUAGUUCUACCCUUCUCAGAGGUGUGGAAGUGUGGAAAAGUCUGACAAACUAAGGAUAUUGUCGCACUUUUCGCCCAGUCAUGAACCCUUUGUCAUUCUUUACUUAGUUCUACACUUCUCAAAGGUGUGAAAGUGUGGAAUAGUCCGACAAAGUAAGGAUAAUGUCACACUUUUCCCCCAGUCAUGAACCUUUGUCAUUCUUUACGUAGUUCCACACUUCUCAUAGGUGUGAAAGUGUGGAAAAGUCCGACAAAGUAAGGAUAUUGUCGCACUUUUCCCCUAGUCAUGAACCCUUUGUCAUUCUUUACUUAGUUCUAUCUUCCCAGAGGUGUGGAAGUGUGGAAAAGUCUGACAAAGUAAGUCCGAAAAAGUAAGGAUAUUGUCGCACUUUUCCCCCAGUCAUGAACCCUUUGUCAUUCUUUACUUAGUUCCACACUUCUCAGAGGUGUGAAGUGUGGAAAAGUCCGACAAAGUAAGGAUAAUGUCACACUUUUCCCACAGGCACUAACCCUUUGUCAUUCUUUACUUAGUUCUACACUUCUCAGAGGUGUGGAAGUGUGGAAAAGUCCGACAAAGUAAGGAUAUUGUCGCACUUUUCCCCCAGUCAUGAAACCUUUGUCAUUCUUUACUUAGUUCCACACUUCUCAGAGGUGUGAAGUGUGGAAAAGUCCGACAAAGUAAGGAUAUUGUCGCACUUUUCCCCCAGUCAUGAAACCUUUGUCAAUCUUUACUUAGUUCUAUCUUCCCAGAGGUGUGGAAGUGUGGAAAAGUCCGAAAAAGUAAGGAUAUUGUCGCACUUUUCCCCCAGUCAUGAAACCUUUGUCAUUCUUUACUUAGUUCCACACUUCUCAGAGGUGUGAAGUGUGGAAAAGUCCGACAAAGUAAGGAUAAUGUCACACUUUUCCCACAGGCGCUAAGCCCUUGUCAUUCUUUACUUACUUCCACACUUCUCAGGGGUCGUGUGUGUCCGAGAGGCCGCGACUUCUGUAAACGUUUAUUUGUGUGACAAAAUGCGUGAUCUCGUCAUAUAGUCCAAUUAAUUUGUUGCCAUUUUCAGCCAUCAUAGCCCCCAUUUUUGCCAUUGAAGCCUUCUCUACUGCCCAGUCUGGAAGAGCAUCGUUGUUCGAUGUAUCUUUUCCACUUGCGAUAACGCGUUUUCUCACGGUGUCCAAAAUUCCCCUCAAAAAUUUAAACAACGUCGACUUUCCCGCACCGGUUGGCAUUACAAUUACAAUCCAUAAUAUUAUAGGUUCAAACCAAUCCUUCCCAAAAGGAUUUACUACGGCGUGAGAGGAAAAAUACGAAAUUAACAUCAAUAAGCCCGACAGUUUGUCACACUAUUCCACACUUCCAGACCUCUGAGAAGUGUGGAACUAAGUAAAGAAUGACAAAGGGUUCAUGACUGGGGGAAAAGUGUGACAUUAUCCUUACUUUGUCGGACUAUUCCACACUUCCAGGCCUCUGAGAAGUGUGGAACAAAGUAAAGAAUGACAAAGGUUUCAUGACUGGGGGAAAAGUGCGACAAUAUCCUUACUUUGUCGGACUAUUCCACACUUCCAGACCACUGAGAAAUGUAGAACUAAGUAAAGAAUGACAAAGGGUUCAUGACUGGGGGAAAAGUGCGACAAUAUCCUUACUUUGUCGGACUUUUCCACACUUUCACACCUCUGAGAAGUGUGGAACUACGUAAAGAAUGACAAAGGGUUCAUGACUGGGGGAAAAGUGUGACAUUAUCCUUACUUUGUCGGACUUUUCCACACUUUCACACCUUUGAGAAGUGUAGAACUAAGUAAAGAAUGACAAAGGGUUCAUGACUGGGAGAAAAGUGCGACAAUAUCCUUACUUUGUCAGACUUUUCCACACUUCCACACCUUUGAGAAGUGUAGAACUAAGCAAAGAAUGACAAAGGGUUCAUGACUGGGGGAAAAGUGCGACAAUAUCCUUACUUUGUCGGACUUUUCCACACUUUCACACCUCUGAGAAGUGUGGAACUAAGUAAAGAAUGACAAAGGGUUCAUGACUGGGGGAAAGUGCGACAAUAUCCUUACUUUGCCAGACUACUCCACACUUCCACACCUCUAAGAAGUGUGGAACUAAGUAAGAAGUGAAGAAACUCUGGAUUUCAUGGCCAGGGCUGGACUGAUAAUAUGUAUAUUCAGCCUCGUUGGGGAGAAAAAGUGCUAAGUUCGACGUCUGACCCAACAGACGAUUUUAACUUAAUUGAGGUAGACCCAAAUUAGAGUGUGGUUAGUCUCGUCCAUGAACAGCGCAACGUUUAGCCUAGGCUUAAGUGAGACAAUUUGGUCAAAAAAGGUCUUACGUUACUGUUUUGUUUAUAUCUCCUUUUCAGUUGUGAAAUCAAAGAGGAAAGUUUGAAGAUUCUUCUGGAGGUUGGGCCGCCCAUGUAUCUCGGAUUCUUGAUUCACGUGUUUCUGUACUUUUUUAUACUUUGGUCAAAUCUUGGGAAACGGCCAAUUGCAGGUCAAGAAGAUUCUUUAGCUUCUUAUUCAACUUUCGAACCAGUUUCUAGUUCAAGCUAUACAUCAUGUGUCAGUUCACAAGUGUCACUAGAACACGAAGGAGAAGACUUACAAGUUCUGCAUGAGUCAGUGGCCGCAGCUCCAUCGCCUCCUGUCCAACAACAAGGGGGCGUGUGAGACGGAAAUAAGAAGAAUUUCUUAUGGCGUGGGAACAUGCAGAUGAUACAUAAUUUUCAGAUUUAUAGUUAUUGAUCAUAAGAAUAAUUAUGCUGCAGAAACAGUUUUAGAAUCUUCAGUAACAUAAUUGUGUAUAACAUUUCGCAGCACUAUUAUAAUUACUGCACGCGGCUUUAUCGCCCCAUGUAAGGGAAUCCGGAAUCCGGAAUCCAGGAAUUUUUUGCUUGUGGAAUCUGGAAUCCUGGGCUUUGGAAUCCGGAAUCCAGCACUAGGAAUCCGGAAUCCUACUAAAGAUUGGCAUCCAGAAUCCAAGUUACCGAAAGAUCCACUCCACAUUGGAUUGAGCUACUCGCUCGAAAGAAAAACCAUCUAUGGAAAGCCUCCCCAGGGUAUAUGCCUCAACGUGACGACAUACAGUGUAAUAUCGGCAUAUCUGGUGUCAAAACCAUACUUCACGGGCUCCAUAUGAAAGGUCAACGUCACGGUCAGCGAGGGACCCUUGCUUAUGAGCGGCUUCGCCCCAUGUAAGGGAAUCCAGGACAGUCUUGGAUUCUGGAUUCCAUGCUGUGGAUUCCGGAUUCCGGGUACUGGAUUCCGGAUUCCAGCAAAGUGGAUUCCGGAUUCUAAAAAGAGCUGGAUUCCAUUUUUUUACCGGUUUUAAUGCUUUUCUUCGCACCUCGUUUUCGUGUUCGAAUCUUGCUAUAUUGAAAGCCGUUGUUACAAGGCAUAACAAGUUUGUUUUCUUUUUCGAUUUACAAAAUUACAGGAAGAAAUGCAUUACAGUUCCGUAAGGGUUUAUGGUAUAAUAAUGAGGGGAACAUUGGGGGACUGUCUUUACCGCAACACCGCAGAAAAAAAUAACAAACACCGCAGUUUUCUCCAUGUAAUUGGGGAUGGAGCAUCUCGGAGAGCUCUGGUUAGUGAUUAGUAGAGAGUGAGACUGACCUCAGGACUCUAUUUUUCAGUUAAUCUACUUUUGUGAACUCUAUUUUCAGCCAUGCAGAUAGAAAAAUGUAUGCAACGCCCAGAUUUCGCCUGUUAUCCUUUUGUUUUGAAGUGUUUUUGUAUAAAAAGACCAUACAGAUCAACCUUCGUUCCGGAUAUGAAAGAGCAGUGAAACAUUUAUUAUUUAAUCAAUUUUAACCGACGUUCCUAGGCCGGGUGGAAUUUGUUUUGGCUUGUUUUGGGUCGUUGUGGAUCUUUUGUCGAUUAGUUUUGAUCGUUGUGGAUCGUUUAGGUCGUUUUGGCUCUUUUUGCCUGGUUUCUCGUUUUAUUAGUAACUGGCCAAAUGAAAAUACUCUGUUGCGUGUGCAAUUCAUUCUUUGCAAAGUCUUUGGUUCUGUUCACUAAAGAGUAGUUUUCCGUCUCAAUAAAACUUGGAAAACCAUUUCUAUCUUAUCUUUUAAGACUUUUUAAAACUCUGUCUCCGUGUCAAAAAAUAUUUUUGAAGAGGGUAUAAAAUUCUCGCGUAGAAGUUUACGCGUAGUCUGCUUUGAGGUUUUAGCGCGGGCAAUGAUAAUGAAAUUCAAACUAACUGUCGCGUUGAAUUUGAUGUUAAAAAGAACCAAAACAACAAAAAUUUAGUUGAUUCAUACUUAAGAUGUGCGUAUAACCACGUUUUGUUACAAAAAAACUUCACGGUUCUAUCAAAUUCGUUGCUUAACACGUCGAAAAUUGAGGAUUUAUUUCGAACAUGCGCUCUUUAAUCGCCUUUCACAUCGGCCUGACAGGCAAUAAUCGGAUUUAACCAGAUCUCGCCUUCGGCUUCGUCAAUAAGAGAUCUGGGUCUUUGAGAUGAUCUGGGGUCUCUAGGAUCCAUUUCAAACAAAAAAAAAGUUACGGGCUAAACCGAUCUCUGAUCUGUCUAAUUUCCAAUAGCGACCUCAAUGUGAACGAGGCCUAUUCAGGAGCACAACUGUAGAAAGAAAACAUGAAAAAUCCGUCUGUUCCUCGACCGAAUCUGAGAUGACUGAGAGACCAAGAGAGACUUGAACGUUUCUGACGCGUUGGCUCGUUUUAAGCGUUUUACAACCAUAUAGCGCUCAUUUAUACGAUAUUUUUUCCACGGACGACGUAAACUUCAUAUCACAUUCAAUUAUGAUUGAGAAAAAAAAUCAAUCUUUCGUUCACUUUUUCACGUUUAGAUCUAUCAGUCAGCUAAAAAUUGGUAUAAGACUUAACAACCCAGUAUUACAAGUACCUUUCUCUCUCAGCCUUUUGUUUUUGCUUGGGCUUUCCCAUAACGCAUUUUUAAAAACUUAAUCCAACAGACAACAAACUUAAAACUCGUCUCGUCGAUGUGGUGGCGAGAUUUCACUCGAAUGCCGGGGAUGAAUGAAAAAGACACCCACCACGUCCGUGUACGUGAUUACUUUAGUAACAGCUGAUUGGUACGGUUCUGACAGUACCUAGCUUAUUUCUCAAAUAAAGAUUAUCGACUCCGGCCAUGAAACUGUUCUCACCGAAGCUACUAGGACCAAAUUAGGGACUAGGAGACUGUGAAUGUCUUUUUUCUUUUUUGGUAAAAUGUUGAAAGUGGACGUUUAUUUUCAAUUGUGAACGAGGAACAGGAAGGUUCAAGAAAAGGUUCACCCCAGGUGCAACUUUUCCGGUCCUAUGCCAGGUCAAAUUGCUUUUGAUUUUUUAAGUUCAGCGAAGCGAGUGAACAACAGAGAAUCAAACAUAGCCAGAAGUUGAAGCUAUUCACAACAAUCCAAUUUAUACCUUCAAAAGGCUGCGCUGUAUUCCCUCGAAAAUCCCCGAAUUUUGUGAUCCUACACAAAAACUACAAACACUACGAACACUUCAAUGUUUACGCUUAAAUAAAAACUGCUGACCCAAAAUACUGUACCGGUUGGAAUAGUGGCGAGAAAAGGGAGUAAAUAAUUCCAACAACAAAGAAAGAUAUUCUGCAGGAAAUUUGGAUGACAUUCUAUGAAAGUAUUGCAAAUCAAUGUACGCAGACUUUAGCUGUUUGGAUGUUCAUUGCAACUUCUGGGGAACGUGCAGUGUACUUCGACCCUGCUUCGACUGGGAAGCGAGUGUUUUUAAACUGACACCAGCGAGUUAUUUGAGGCCAGAGGGAGCACAAAUGGUAAAAAAUCUGCAGUCCUCACUCUUCAUUUUUCACCCAGCCCUGCGUUUUACUAGCCUGCAAUCACAGCCGUUUCUCCUUACUCCACGUCGCUGGUCCGCGUAGUCUGCAGUCCGCCGUCUUACACUGACCGGCUGACAAAGGUCGACAAACACUAUGGAUGCUGUUUAAUGCAUGAGUUGGGUACGGAUACACUUUUAGAAUCACGUGUUUUACAGUUUAAAGAAUAAAUUUUUUUAGCUUUUAGGGGAACUGGAUUCAUAAAAUCAAAAUCUAUUCUCUAUAGCAACCUAUCGCUGCAUUUUUCUUAAGGUCGAUUUGUUUCCGAGCGCCCGUAAAAUUAGACCAAUCACUUUUCAUCUGGUAGUCACAUGAUCACCUUCUAAAGUUACUCCAUUUCAUGUUUGUCGAAAGAGGGAAGACAGCAAAUUUUCGGCCGCUUAACAGUUUUUCUGGCCUCAUUUCUUGCAUUUUGUUCUUCAGCGAUGGAUUGGCUUUAACAGGAAAUUAAUGAGCAAUAUCUUAGGCCCAUGCCUGCCACAGGAAGCCAAAAUGGCGGUAGAAGACGACGGGUCUGGCUUGUGUUAUUCCUCGUGUGUGUUGAAGCGUCUGAUGUAACUCCAUUCGACUGUUCGAGAAAUGCUACAGUUGCGCCGAUCAAGAAAGAAUCCUUCUUCGAUUAUAAGACAUCUGUUGUUGAAAAUGGUACGUACAUUUAUCUUGUUUCUUUUACAAUCGUUGUAAUUUGUAUACAACUUGUUGGCUUGUUUCUUCACGUGAUUGAAUUUGAACUGUGAAAUUUAAGGAAAACUACUUUAAGCUUAUUAUCUGAAAGUCUUUUGUUAGGUUACGUUAAGUUUAUGCUUUAUUACAUAGCGUCGAUUCUCUCAGGAAGUUGCAAAACUUUGUUUCUUUCAAUGUACGCAGCAUUUAUUAGCUUCUAAUCUGUGUCUGUAAAAUGGGACGCGUUAUGAUAAAUGUGGAUGUCUUUUCAAAUCUCGUCGGGGCUUUAAUUAUGCCAUGAUUUCAAUGUUUGCGUGAUAAAAAUCAGCCAAUGGAGUUUCUACAAGUUUCAUCUACAAAUCACUUUGUUAGUCUUACGAACAUUAAUAAAACUCUUAUAACUGUAAUUAAGGGGGAUCUCUUUUAAUAUUAUAUUUGUUGUCCUAUUUCACUAGCUCUUAAUGCCAUAUGGUCGCAAUACAGAUCAUUUUCGUGAAUAUCGUUAUAGAUAAAAUAGUUUAGUGACUGAUCCCGUUAGCUAAUUAUGACAGUUCCCUUAGUCUACCUUUACAAUUCCAAAUAUAUAUCAGAAAUUAAAUUUUGUGUUGAAGUCAGCUGUUAGGUUAUGUUAACAAACAGCAAAGUUUUUUUCACACAGUUAAAUGAAAUUGAAAGUUAGUUAUUCAAAUUUCUAUGCCAGUUUUUACAUUAAAUCCAAGGGUUAAUUUUGUCCAGUAUGCGAAAAUUAUCUCAGAGACAAAUGGUGUUUAGUACACCCCAACAAAGUCUGAUUUUAGUUGUCACAUUUGAGAAGAAAAUCUGUGGGCAGGAUUUCCCAUUCAAAUUUAAAUGCAACACAAGAUGUUAUAUGUUCUUGCCACUUUUUAAACACAGUAACAGUUUAUUGCUUUUUUUAGCAGGAUCGUAAAAACUGCAUGUAUACAAUUCCACAUUUGUUUCAGGCCCAUUUUUGUUGUCCACAGAUUUGCUUUUAGUGGAAUUAUUGUCACAGAUUUCCUAGUUGUUUUCUAUUGCAUCUCGAUCUCUACCUUAACCUAAGCGAUAAUAUUACAUAAUUACGAAAGGGUUCAAUGUUCAGCGAGCUCACAGUGGCAAAUAUAAGCAAUCAAAAAUAUUGUGUUCAAAUUAAGCAACUAUAACUGAGUCAAGCUGAUGUGGAAUAUAAAUCAUUGUCUAGUUCAGGGUUCUAUUUCAAAUGUUCAGUCCUCCUGAGAUUCUUCCUGUGCUAUGGCAGCAAUCUGCUGACGCGCAACUGCCGCGGAUCUCCUUGGCUGGAACUCAGGUGCUUGGGCAUGUAGGGUCACGCCCCUCUCUUCAACAGGUCGGUCACAAGACAACUCUAGGGGAUACAAAUGCUGCACUAUCGCUCUAAAUAGGACUUCCCAGCUCUCAGCCGUGCUCCUCUCACCAUGCCAUCUCUGCCUUGAAUUAGCUGUUUGACAAUACUGAACCUUCAUCUUCCUUGGUCAUAUUCGUCCCCUUUGAUCAGAACAACGUCCCCUGGGUUCACAGUCACUUCUCCUGUUCUACAGUUGAGAUUGUGACGCUCUUUUAAUGCGUUAAGGUACUCUGUGGUGCACCUUGGGCACAGGACGUCUUUGCAUUGUUUCAGAUAUUUUGCACAUUUCCUUAGGUUAACAUCUUCAAUCACUUCUGCCUCCUCCUCUGGUAACUGAUUGGGCUGCCCAUACAGCAUUGCACUGGGUGUGAGAACGGGCCUUUGAACAUCAUCUUGGACGUACCCCAAGGGUCGGUUAUUUAGAGUACUUUCGAUAUCUAGGAUUACUUCCUUCAGCUCGUGCCAAUUGCAGGUUCCCAUUCCCAAUUGGCUUGUACAGGCUCUGCUUUAUGACACCAAUUAACCUCUCGAAUUGGCCCCAUCACCAUGGCGUGCAGCUGAGAUUGAACUGCCAUGCAAUCCCUUGUUUAGCAAACAGGUCAUUGAGUUUCUCAUCAUUCCUUAUCUUCCUCAACCACUUUGCUGCUGCGACAAAUUUUUUCCAAUUGUCCAAGAAGAUCUUCUCCAGACGUCCUUGCCUGGCGAUCAGUUGCUUGAUACUCAGAUGAACUCUUCCACGCUAAGGUUAGGUUGGAUCUCCAGGUACACGGCUCGAGUUAGGCAGCAUGCAUACGGCACAAUGUAAGCUUUCAUUUCUCUUUUGGACUUAUUGAGGUACUUAACUGGUCCAGUGAAAUCCACACCAAUGUACUUGAAUGGUACCGAUCCUUCAGUUUUCUCCUUUGGCAAACUUCCAGUUGGUGGGUUUGCUAAUGCCGUGAUUUGAUAUCUUUUGCAGCCAUAGCAGCUUCGUAUAACCUGUUUCGUCAGACUUCUUAACCCUGGUACCCAGUAGCACUCUCUGACACUUGCCACUGUUAAUCCAACUCCCCCAUGCUAGGUUUGCAAGUGGGGAUACAUGACAAGCCUCUCAGCAAAUACAGCAUCAUCAGGUAGAUAGAUUGGAUAAACUCCCUGGAUACCGCCUCUGCACUCGAAUAUACCUGCUGCAUUCUUUUGCAGUUUGAGUUGCAGCUUGUCUUCCUCAAACUUAGUUGUGUUCAGGCUUCUGUCUUGUGAUCUUCGUGCCCAGAAUUGUACUUGUCUGGUUGUCUCCUCAGUGGUGACUGGUUUAGUGAUUCUCUGCUGGUGCUUAGCUCUGCUGUUCCAAACAAAUCAUGCCACCCACGAACAGAUUUGGAUGGCUUUCCGCAGGUCCCAUUUUUGCAUCAUCAGGUCUAGUUGGUCAUCUGUUAUGGCAGUCAUGUCCAGAAGAUCUUUCCAAUCUUUGCUACCGCUUGUGUUUCCUUGGUAGGUGUGGUAACAGUAUUUUCAAGCCAUCUGUGUUGGUACGGAAGCCAUGAUGGCCCAUGCCACCAAAGAUCCAGGCACUUGCUGAUUCCCCUGCCACAGCUUCCUAAAUCUGCUGGGUUUUCCUUGGUACCCACAUGCCUCCACUGGAUGUUCCAGACUCGAUUACUGACAAACUGCUUUUGGUCUUCUCCCCCUUUGAUCCAGUGAAGGGUGACGCUACUGUUAAGCCAACAGUAGACACCUUCGAGUGGAUAUCCUUGUAUCUUGUGAUACCCUGGAUGGUUGAUGCAUGACAGCAUAAACUGCUCUUGACAUACCUUGGCUGCUUGCGUCACCAAAGGCGUGGAUGCUGACGCUGGUGCUUGCUUCUUGGUGCUUGACAAUGCUUCUUGGUACCUCUAUCUUCCCUGGAAGAUUGGUUUGCCAACUGAUUUUGAGUUUCAGGGGAAGUUUUUGGUCGAAUUCCAUCAGGUUUCACACACUUGCUUGUACAUGAUUUUUUCCUCCAGGUUAAUAGGUGCUAGUCCUAGAGGAUCGUAGAUCUUUGCGAUUUCUCUUAGGACUUUUCUCUUUGUUUCAUUGUAAUUGGAGCAGGGAAGUUGAUCUGGAUUGUGUCAUCUUGUUCCAAGGUAUACCAAGCUCUUUCGUUUCUCCUUGUUUGACUCCCAACUGGUAAUUAGCAUAGCUCUGGCUUUCACCUUGAGGGAUGGUUGGUUUUCCUUCUGUUGCUAGUUCUUGGGGUGUUGGCCGUUCCAGGGAGGGUACAUUGGAAUGCCAUUUAUGAAGCUCAAAUUUUCCUUCUUCCCCCGGCGGAAGAAGGGUGAUGUUGACAAACCAAAUAUCGCUCGUGUGAAUUGUAAGGUUCCACUUCUUUGGUGGCUAGAUCUUUGGAUAAGUGAAAUUGCAUCAUGUCCCUUUCUUUUUCUUGUAUUCUGACUUGGAAGAACGAUUGUUUUAAAUCUCCUGCUAGUGCCUCAGGUUGGAAUCGCGGUUUCUGAUUAGUACAAUGUACACUUCAAAGGUUGUUCUGUAAAGUUGGGCCCAUCUCUAGACGAUCGUUAAGGGAUGGUGCUUUCUCGUUAGUUCACGGAGACACAUCGUAGACAAUUCAGAUCUUCGUGCUCUCUGCUGUUUCCUGAACGAUGGCCUUUUGUGGGAUAUAGAAUGCUUUCCCUUGCUGUUCGCUGUGCACUCUUAAAACUAUCCCUUGAUGCAAAACUUGCAGGUUGAAGAACAGCGGCAUUUUGAAGCCAUUGAAGCACAACUGCUUAAGGUUUAACUGUUUCCUGCGUUCGUGGAUUGUCGUGACCUUGUCGCAGUUGACUGACUGGUGCUUGGAGCUUUCACAAUAAACACAUGGCCUUCUUCUCUGGUCAUGUUGUCUGACUUGGUAACUUUUCAUCUUCAGUGGCUUGAAUGGGAAUGUUUUCUCAUUGCCAUGUCUCUCAUCGGCUGGUUGUGGUGGGUUUCUUGAAGUCCACUUCCGCAAUGCCUCUAGCAGAUGUGGAAAUUCCCAAUCCUGCCAAUUGUCAUCUGUAUGCACCAAAUUUUCUCUGAUUCCCUCCAUUUUGUCUAGCAUCAUUCUAACAUAUCCAUUUACCUCCUUUAUCUUCCCCAUGGUUUCUAAGGCUUGUAGAUUGGGCGACAAUGUUUCAUAGAAUUCCAAAAUCGUUGUUAGGAUUAGAUCCAUAAAUGACUGGAAGUGACAUAAUGUUGGUAAUGUGUGCGUUGACAAUUUCACUUUCCUUUCCAUACUUGGUUGUUAGUAUGUGUUUUGUUCGUUCAUUGCCUUCUUCGGUAAAUGGAAGGCCUUCAAGUGUUGCCCAAACUUUUGGCUCCAAUAAGCUCCUUAAGAUACGAGAACUUGGUAACAGGUGACACAUGUACAUCUGCUGAGUCGAUUUCUGUCUUGAACUGGUUCCAAAAUCGCGGCCAGUCUGUGUGCGUUCUAUUAAACUUUGUAAUUACAAGUUUUGGCAGCUUUGUGUUGAUUGAUUGCUUGGUGUUGGUUCAUUGUUCCUUAUUGUUUAGAUUCUUCCGGUUUUCCUCUAUUUGCAUCUCGUACUUGAGUUUUUGUUCCAACUUUGCCUUUUCAAAUUGCAUUUCUUCAUGAUAUUUUUGUUCUCUGAUCUCUGCAGCCUGGUCCUCUUCUCUUUUCUUUGCAGCUUGAAGUGAUACGCUCUUUAAUUCCUUGAUCCUUGCGUCUAGGUCAUUGACAGCCAUUUUAAACACACCUAUGUCCCCUUCCAAUUUCGUAUUCCAAAGAAGGAUUUCAUCUUCCUUGUUUCCCCCUCCAAAUCGUAAUUCAUGUACUUUCACCUUAAGGUCAUGGACUUCUUCCACCUUCAUUGCUAAAGUGUUGCACAGCCUUUCCAUUGAUGUAAGGUUUCCAUUCUCUGUUGCGCUACUUGCUUGUGAACAUGUAAACUUGAGUAGAUCGUCUUGUUGAGGUUUUUGAUGUUCUUUUCCAUAUUCUUGAUUUCUCCGUGUCCUGGCAGGGUCGCCACUUUUGUCGUGAACGGGUUUCUGACAAAUAAUCACUCUUGAUAUGGUUGUCCACAGGUUUGCUUUCAGUGGAAUUAUGGUCACAGAUUUCCUAGUUGUUUUCUAUUGCAUCUCGAUCUCACCCUUAACCUAAGUGAUAAUAUUACGUAAUUACGAAAGGGUUCAAUGUUCAAUGACCUUAAGUUCCACUCUGUACAUGAGAUUCUAUGUCAUGCGGUGGUCGCCGACAGAUUUUCUCUUUGUUUCGGUUAAAGUAGAGGGCACUAGUAUUGAAAGAACACAAACAUUCAAAUACCUAGGCAUUACCCUUCAACAGUCUAUGUCCUGGGCAGAUCAUGUCGAUGCUAUCAGCAUGAAGAUUAAUUAGAGAACAAGCCUAAUUUGGAGAAUCAGGAAUCUAUUGCCGCUACAAGCUAGAGUUUCCUUGUACAAUGCCCUAAUCCUCCCUCUUUUUGAUUAUGGAGACGUUAUAUGGGGGGACAAGAACAAUGACACCAUCAUGUCAGAAUUACAGAUUCUACAGAAUAAAGCUGCUAAAGUUAUGCUGGGGCAACCACCCCGAAGCUCGUCAACUGAAGCACUGAAGAGUCUAGAUCUGAAAUCACUGUCCACAAGAAGGUUUUUUCAUCGCUGCAUUGCUAUCCACAAGUGUCUUAUUGGAGAAACCGAUUUCAACUUUAAUUUUACUAAAACUCAAGCUGUUCAUUCAUAUAAUACAAGAUGCUCAAAUGAUAUUCGCUUACCCCUACCCAGAACAAACUGGGGUAAACAAACUUUUAUUUUUCAUGCCAUGAAAGACUGGAACAGCCUUCCAAAUGAUUUAAAAGAGUGUAAUAUUUUAUCUAUUUUUAAAUCCAAGUUAAAAACUUUUUUAAAAGAUCUCAGCUAAUUUUUAAACCUUGAUAUUUUUUGUAUAAUCGAUUUUAAGAUUUUAAAUUUUUAAAUUUGUUUUACUUGUAAACAUAUUUUACUUUUUCGUAAUAAUUAAUUAAUUAGUUAGAUUUAUGCAUGAGGGCCCUACUGAAAACCGCCUUGGCGAGUUGGGCUCCCUCUAUAAAUAUUAUUAUUAUUAUUUAUUAUUAUUAUUAUUAUAUCUGAGAUAUGCUGCUUGCUGAUUUUAAACUGGAGUGCUUAAUUUGUUCCUUUCUCUCCUUUCUCCAAGGUGAAAUAAUCGUUUGCUUAUCCUUUGUGGAGAGAUGAGACCGCUUUUUUUUUUCCUGUUUCACAGACAUGGCAAUUGGUCUUGUGUUUACAUAACCCACACUGAAUCAAGCAUGACAUACCCUUAGCAACAUAACCAGCCAAUCAGAAUUCAGCUGAAUGCAUCAGAAUAAUUGUUCAUCUCCAACCGCUCAUGCUUUUUCAAAGCAGAAACAGAUUAAAAAACAGUGCUUUUAACACAUGUUUGGAAGAAUAAAUGCCCUUUUAAAUCAUUUCAAUUUUUCAAGAUCACAUCUUAUUGAUAUUCAUGAAAAAAAACGGGACCAGGAAAACAAGUCUGGAUAAUCGAGGUUCGACUGUAUUGGGUGAUUAAGAUGAUAUUAUAUGUUGUAUAUGUUUUGACACUUACAGGUUUUCAGUGUUUUCACUAAGAGCUCAAGCAAGGCCAAGUUGAAUUUGAAAGGUGGAAAAUGCCAUCCAUUGGAUAAGACUCUAUCCAAACGAUUGCAGAAUUGGUUUCCCUAAUACUUGUCCACUGGAUAGUGAUUUAUCCAGUGAAGAUUGCUAUCUGACGUUUGAAAAACUGGAACCAGUUGGCUAUAAUUAGCAAGAACUAACACUGUCGCUUUCCUCUAGGGGUGUUGGGGGAUGGUCUCCCAUAUAUUAUAUAUAUUUUUAAUUGGGCAGCUCAGAAAUGCCAUUUCCAGAAAAGUAAAUGUAACACAUCAUUGAAAAGAUUUAAGGUUUCUUCCACUAUCCAGGUACUAAUAAACAAGUUGGCGGCUUGUCCAAGACCAAACUCGUCCUUUUUUGGAUAUGAGGUCAAACACUUCUUAAUGUGUCUGUAGUUGGCUGUUGAAGUGACUUACAUGUGAAAUUCCACUCUAACUUCCAAACAUUUGUAUGGUUAUUAUGAUCCAAGAUCCAAACUUCCUUUGUAGUGAUUCGUUAUUUUCUCCCUGUGAAUCUUAGUUUGCAUAUUAGUGAAUUUCAGAUUGUGAUUUAAAACACUGAUAAAAGUACAUGUGUAUGUGCUUUGUUUGUAGAAUAUAUAGUUGUCUUCAAUGGUUAUUACAGCACAUCAGUGCGAGAUGACCUUGUUACUGCCGCCCUUGGCUCAGUUUCCAUUAAUUCCUGGAAGAUAAUCCCUCGGCAUAAUCCUGCAAGUCACUACCCUAGUGAUUUCUCUCUUGUAAAGGUGAGGAAACUAACCUUAAAAAACGAGCAGGAUCGUAUUACCAGGUUUAAAAACUCAAGGUGAAGCCGUGAAGCCGAGAGUUUUUACACCUGAUAAUACAUGACUGCAAGUUUUUGGAAUGGCUUCAAAAUCUCUGAUAUGGAUCAACUCAUUCUUGCACUAAUUAUUAGGUUUGAGGUUAUUUUGGUCUAAAAAAACUGGACAUAAAAUUUAGCCAUGUUGUUAUCAGAUACAUGUAAAUACACUCAUUAAACAUUAAUUUCUUUGGUUUUCUUUAUGAAUUAUUUAUGAGUUUUUGAAGCUGUUUAACCUGUACUUACAUUGUAUUAUAAUUGUAGAUUCCAUAUUAACUGGGCAGUUCUUUAAUUACAUGUAGUAGAAUAUACUGGGAAUUAUUUCAAUGGUACAGGUGUAGACACAAUAUUAUUGCAAUAUGGGUCAUGUAAAUAUUGCAAGUAAAUGUUAAUGCUACUAGGCCAUUUUGAAACAACAGUGAAACAGCAUUAUUAAGAGGAAAAUGAAUGUAUAGAACAUCAUACUGCUUUCAUACUCUAAAAAAACUAACAUGUACAUGUAAUGUACCCUGAUACAUUUUUGAGCAUACAUGUAUGUCUGCAAUUUGGGUUGGCUCAGACACAUGUACCACAUAUUGCCAGAAGUAUGUAUACAUGUUACGAGUCAAAUUUGAUUUCAGGUAAUGUUUUUUUAACCUAAGUUGAUUCUCAAUUUCUCUUGUCUCUUUGGGCUAGGAGACAAGAGAAACUGACAAUCAACCUAGGUUAAAAUAUUUAAUGUGAAGUCAAAUUCGACUUGUAACAUGUAUACAUGUUCUCUAGACUUGCUUUGUACAUUUUGGUCAGUGAUUGUUAUUUCAUACAUGACUUAAAUAUAAUUUAGCUGCAAGUAAUAUACACUAGAAUUUAAUAUUUUUUUUGCUUAUAUUGCAGCUGAAAGGAGAUACUGGCAAUGGUGUUGAUGCAUUAAAGAGACAUCCAAAAAUUCGGAGCGUUACACCACAGAAGAGGGUGGAACGAUUCCUCAAGAGUGUAGAAGGUACAGUAAGACAGUGUAUUAUGAGAUAAAUUUAAAAAGUCACCUUAAUGUAAACAAAUUUUAAAAGCGAAUACGAAGAAGGCUUUGGACUAGGCCAUAACAUAAUGUGAACUGCUGAGAAUACUUUAUCUUUCAUCUGCAUAUUGCAGAAUACAAGUUGUCAAAAGCCCUCUGGGGGGGGGGGUGCACACCCAACACCCUCCCUCUAGAUCCACUCCUGAUCCUUCACCAUUUUGAUCAGUUCACAUUGUCAAAUGUACAGACUGUUGCAUUUUGUAAUGUCCUUUUGAUUGUCACAAGAUGACAAGGAUAGUGUUAUUUCUCCUCCUGGGAUGGAAAGUACUAAUGAACUUUUUAAUUAGCUGAUUUCUUGAUACGUUAUGUGUACCUUUAUAUGUACCUUUUAUGUGUAUCUUUUUUCUUCCUAGUGAAACAGAGCGAUUCUGACAAACAAAAUGAACCAGGUGCUGACUGUGCAGAGCAGGAUAUUGGCUGCUGGUCUCAAAAGUGGAGUGCACGGUAUUAAAGAAAACUUAUCUCAAUUCUUUUCACAUCCAUGGGCAGUUUGCAAGGUCUUCUUGAGACUUUCACAUAGUUGCCAUUACUUUGUGUGGAGGCUUUUUUCUGUAUGUUAGUUACAGCUGCUUUUUUAAAUAAUGCAUUAAAUUAUCUGAAACAUUGACUGUUGAUAUGAAUUUUAUUUAUCUUUCAGGCGAACAACGCGAUCAAGCUUGGCAUUGGUGAGCAUUUUUUGUGUUUCUUCGUCACAUUGUCUCACCUCUUUCUUAGAAAAGUUUUGUCAUUCUGCAGAUUCAUUUAUAUGUAGUGUUGGAGGUCUGAAUAGUCUAUUAUAUACAUUCACUACACAUACAUGUAUCCACCCCCCCUCCCCUCCCCCCACCUCACCCCAUACACUACUGUAUAUGUAUUACUUUUUUUGACAUACAUGUAUGUGUAGUAAUACAGUUGUACCUCUGACAAAGACAAAUGAACUAAAAGAAUGAUAGUGUGAGUGUGCCCAGGCUUUUCUCAAUACUAAUGAUGAUAAAAUAAUGAAUAACUAUAUGAAUUUCAUAUAUUUGAACUGCGAGAUGAAAAAAUAAAUUAAUGUAAAUAAGAUGAUCUCAAUUGAAGAUGCAACUGAUGCAGUUGUGAAAACAAAGUUUUUUAGACUUUCUUUUCAUAGCUGCAUACACAAUUAAUGUAAGUUGAAUCAUUAAUUGUGAUGGACGUCUUUACAUUGUACAUGCACAUUAUUUUUUUUUUUACUAAUGAUCAUGCAUGCUUCUUUAUACAUGUACCAAAAUAAUGUUUUCCUAUUUUUAAUGCGUUUAAAGUUUUCCUCUCUCUUCCUUCGUAGUUUUAACUUUGAUAAAUAUAUAUAAGUUUUUUAACCUACUAGGUUGAUUCUCUACUUCUGUUCUAUCUUAGCCCCAAUUAUUCAAUUAUGGCCAGGAGACAAAGAAUAUUGAGAAUCAACCUUGGUUUAAAAAACUCCAUUCUAAACAAUCAUAUAAUUUUGACCUGUUACAUAUGCAUGCAAAGCUGAUGGUACAGUACGUGUACUGUGACUUUAUAACCUAGAUGUAUUAUGAGCACCAUAUUACUGUAGCCAUGUGACUGUCUUCUCGCCUCUCUAAUGAAUACUGAACAGAUUUCAUUGUUAAGUCAAUUAUUUGGAUUUUUUUUCUAUUCUUGCUAGUUUUUUACUCUGCUGUAUUUUAAAGAAAUUGAAUAAACAAAAAUGAACAAUAAAUAAAAUUAUCACCUGUAACGUGUAGAUUAGUCGCUGUUCUGGUUGUUCUUGUUUUAGAGUCACAACCUCUUGAUACAAUCACAGUUGCGUCACAAUUCUGGACGGAGGAUUUUAAGAUCUGUUCCUAGACAGGUGUGUACUGCAAGAAUUACUGUUUCAACAUCAUGAAUUAAACACUUUCUGGGAAAAUAUACACUGUAGAAAUUACUGUACCAGUGAAAGCACGAGUCUUAACUACAUGUACAUGAUAGGUGUCCUAGAAAUGAUAAUAGAGAAAAAGAAAAUAUCAUUGUUUACUACAGUAUAUCAGUGGUACUGUUAAUACAGUCAAACCAUAUUAAUACAGACACCAAAAUUGGGAUAAAAGAGCCAAUUGUGCACAAUUACAAUAGUGUCUAUAUUGUAGAGGUUGGGGUUAGAGGUAGAAGUAUUAAGUUUGCCAUUUGUAAGACCUGGAGGAUAUUGUUCUUAGUGGAAUGGUGUUGAUAAGGAGAGGUGUACUGUACAAUAUUUGCUAUCACCGUUAAUUUAUAGUAUGGUGGAAUGGCAACAGUUUUGAAUAAAACUUUGUACUAACCUACAGCUACACAUGUUUAUGUAUACUGCACAUCUAGAACAGUUUAUAAUUUAAUAGUAUUCUCUGGGAGUAUGGAAGUGUUUAUUUUGCACUGUCUCUCUCUUUUUUUUUUUUCAUCCACUUAUCAAGCAGUCCGUGGUCCAAAGUAUCAUAAUUUUUAUUAUUCAUUUUUCUUUUAGAUCGUUCAUGUCCUGCAAGCUGAUGUGUUGUGGAGCAUGGGACACACAGGUAGGAGGAAUUUAGUAAUACAUGUAAUAAUGAUAAUGAUGAUGAUGAUGGCUAUAGUAAAAAUACAGUGGAAGCUUUCUUAAAGUGGACACCCUUGGUAUUCGAAAAAGGUGUCCGUAACUGGAACUGGCCGCUUACGGGAAUGCAAAACUACAGAGUUUGUUUGAGAGUUGAAAAAAACAAACAAACAAACAACAGGCUUUUCUGAAGGCGGCCAUUUAAGUAUCUAGCUGUCCACUAGUGUUUUUGUAAUGUACAAAAGUUAAUACAUGUAGCAAAGACUAUCAUUUUGCAGACAAAAUAAAACCUGCAGUUGUUCUUAGAGCACACAUGAAUUAUCUUAUUAACAAAAUAAUGUUGUUUCAUUGAAUAUAAUUAUGGUGGCGACCAGUCUGAAUGGUGACUUGUAAAGGCGGGUAUACAGCACACUGUAUUUGAUGUAAGUGAUGAUGUAAGUGUACAUGUUGACCUGUCCACUAAUGACCUCUGUUAAAGAGAGUUCAUGGUGUUUAACCCUUCCCAACUAAUGAGAUAUUGCCUUUUUGUUGCAGGGGACGGAGUUAAAGUUGCCAUUUUUGACACAGGUUUGCCAAAGAAUCAUCCUCAUUUUAGAAAGGUUAUGGACAGAACCAACUGGACAGAGGAAAAAACACUGGAUGAUGGUGAGAAAUCAUAAACAUUUGACUACAGUUUCUACAUGUAUUGUCAUUAAGUGACUACUAAUUAUAGUAACAGUCCAAUUUUAUUGCACUUUGUCAACAUUGUAUGCAUGUAAAAUCAUCACGGAAGUGAUGAAUUCAGGAGCUGAGAUGUUACAAUUGUAAUAAAAUGUACAUCUGUUGGCGUGCGUGUAGUGUCCGAUAGCCCGGGGCUAGUGGAUUUUGCUAUCGGGCUAGCGAAUUUUGUUCUUAACUUGCCCAACGGGCAAGUGAAGUUUUUUUGAGGAAUUCAAAUUACAAAAGAACUGUGAAUUCCCAAAUUAUUUCUACUCAUCAAAAUGAUUUUGGGGCUAGUUGAAAUGUCCUUUGGGUAAGUAUAUUCUAGCUUCAGCGUGCCCGAAUGGCAAGCUUUAAAAGUGACUUUCUUUGCACCCUGUGUACAUACUCUUUUAUGUCUGAGCCUCUGAAUACAGCCAUCACUAGGGUUGUUGAGUGAGGCUACAAUAAUUGUCCCAGCGAGACACUAUAUUUGUAAACAGUUGUGUAUAAACUGUAUUAUGCAUCUCAAAAGUUCAAGUCACCUGUGCCAUUACAUUUCCAUUUCCAUUUCCUUCCAUUAGUUUAGUUUAUUACUUAAUACCUGUUGUUGUACUUUUAAUGGCAGGACUUGGCCAUGGUACCUUUGUAGCUGGUGUUGUGGCCAGUUCAAGGGAGUGUUUGGGCUUUGCACCUGAUGCAGAGCUGCACAUCUUCAGAGUGUUCACUAAUAGUCAGGUACAGGAACAUUGAUUGAAACACAUUACAUGCAUAUAGCUGCAUGGAUAAGCAAGUUGUAAAUUAUUAAUGAUUUUAUUAUCACUAUCAUUAUUAAUGUUAUUAGAGAGGAUAUGCUUUCAGAGAAGUUAGUUCUUGCACAGACUACAAGGCUGCGCUUAAGCACUGUCAUAUUGUUUUUUUUGUUUGUUUUUGUUUUUUUUUCAAACACAUGAAAAAUAUUUUACUUGGUGAUAAGUAAAUAAUGCAUUAUUGUUAUUACAUGUAUUAAUAUUAUUAAAAUCAUCAUCGUUGUUAUUGUCAUUAUUAUUACAAAUCUUACUGUGUUAAUGACAGGUUUCCUACACUUCGUGGUUUUUGGAUGCAUUCAACUAUGCAAUUCUGAAGAAAGUGAAUGUUUUGAAUUUGAGCAUUGGAGGACCAGACUUCAUGGACCAACCCUUUGUUGAUAAGGUUUGUGUAACUACUUACAAGUUGUAUUCACAAUUUUUUUUAGGUUGUCCAUGUACAGUACACUGCACAAUUCAUUAUUCAUUAAGAUUUAGGACACUUACAUGUAACUUUCAGGGAAGGAUGGGAUGUAGCAGAAACUAUUAGGGGUGAGCGGUGGGUGGAGGAGGGGUGAACUUUAUAUUCUAGGGUUGAGUUGUUGAAAGGACAUGUAGCUCUAAUCAGGGGUUAGUUUCCACAACAACUCAUAUGAUAUCUCCUAUUUAUAAGAACUUCAAACAACUUGGCCCAGUUGUACAUGUAUUAUUACAGAGUAAGAGAAAAUUUUUUUUUUUUUUUCCACUUGUCCUUCAGAGAAGUGCUAUAUUAAAUUUGUUGUCCAAAAUCCAAGAGUUCUUGUCCAAAAAGUUUUGUCAGGUUCCUAAGCCAAGUGGAACUCACAAAAACAAAUAAAAUGGCCCCAGUAGGGCAAAGUUAAAAGGAUACCCUUAUUUUCUCAAGUAUGAGGAUUGCUUUUAUGACUAAGAUAAAUUAUACUUGUGUUCUACUGUAAUUUGAAGUCAAUUUUCAAAUGUUUCUGUAUUUUUUCUAAUUAAAAAUGUUCUUUUCCCACGGACACGUCAUAAGGUUUACAUGUCUGAACUAAAUUUCUACCUGUCCUGGACAAUCGGACAGAGGUUUUGGCUCACCCUGAUUAUUACAGUAUUUAUAAAAUAAAUGUAUUAAUUAUCGUUGUUUUGCUUUGUGAUUGUCAGGUGUGGGAGCUUACUGCCAAUGGUGUGGUUAUGGUUUCUGCUAUUGGCAAUGAUGGCCCUCUCUAUGGGUAAGAAAACAGCAGUGUACUGCAUUUGAUGAACUUAACAUGAUUGUAUUUCUAUUACAAAUUUCAUUAGACAUUGUUCCAUACCCCCAAUGUAAACUUACACUGUAUACGUAAGCCCCAGUACAUAACUCGCAUUUCACAUUUUUCUGAAUCUAAUGCCAAUGAGCAAGAACAUCAGAUUUCCCUCAUUAGAAUCCAAUUUGGCACUUCUGACAUGUGAAUUGUGAGGUUUGAACUGGGCCUAAGGGAUACUGCAAAACAUUGACAAAGGAUUUAUUUGUUGAAAGACAAAAAAUAAACCAAGCCUGCUCGUAUAAUGAACAAUCUUAUUUACACCAAGUUUACAAAUGGCACAAUUCAAACACUUGUCAUCUGAGGUUUCCUAAGACACGAAAACAUUAUCACACCUUUUUCCUGACUGUCACAAGGAUAUGUGUACACAAGCCAUACAGUUUAUUUACAUCCAGAAUCAGUUAAGGUGAAUUUGUGAAAGCGCCAUCAAAAUUAAUUUAUUUGAAUGUUUACAACAUAAUAGUUAGGCUUCCAUCCAAAAGUUACACGUUGGCUCUUUCAAGGGUUCAUUAUUGUGACAAAAAUAACAACAAAUUCUGAACAGUGUGCAUGUAGUGGCCAUCAUCUGGUGUUUUAAUUUGUUGCUUUUCCACUUUGAAGAACUCUGAAUAAUCCCGCUGAUCAGAUGGAUGUCAUCGGUGUUGGAGGAAUCAACUUUGAAGAUCACAUUGCAAGAUUUUCUUCCAGAGGAAUGACUACAUGGGUAAAAACUGCCUCAAGAAUUUUUCUAUCAGUCUGUAAUGACUAUGUGAAUGCAGAUGUAUUACCCGUGUUGACUUCUAUACUCUAAAGGCGGAAACAAAUGAUGACUAGAAAAUAGGGCCUUGCUGCUUGCCAAGGGUUUCGGUAACAGAUGUAAACGAGUUUAUCAUUACGAUUGACCCUUUAUGUCACGGCAAAUAAUGUUGACUACAAUGCAUGCUUUGGUCCCUGUCUUAUUCACAUUAAAAUGAAAUGAAGUAAUUUAAUUGAAUUAUUAAUCCAAAUUAAAAUUAAUAUUAAAUCAACUCAAAGUCAUUACACUUUCACUUGGGAUAAAAUUCUGUAAAGAUGAUGUCAAUUCCCAAUUACUGGAGCAAGAAACAGAGACUUGUUCACAUUUUAAGUACAUGUAUUGUUUUGAGCUGAUACCCCCAUAAGGCAUUCAACUUAAGAUCUUUUUCUGUUUUGCCAUCUUGUAGGAGCUUCCUAAUGGAUAUGGCCGAGUCAAACCAGACAUUGUUACUUAUGGUUCUGGAGUGCGGGGAUCAAGUCUCAAGUAUGAUCAGUUUCUGUUUUCUGUUUUUCGUUUUUGUUUUGUUUGUUUGUUUGUUUUUUUAAGUCUAAACAAUGGACUCAAUUUCCGCUGAUCUCUCACGUCCGAACUUAUUCCUUUCCGAUAAGACACACUUUGUCUUUUCGGAGGAGGAGCAGCAUGGACUUACCUCCUGAACAGUGCCUAGCAAUUAGGCCUCCCCUGCAGACGUUCUUUUGACUCGUCACGCAAUCCUCCCCAACGAACGACGUUCGUAACGCAGGAACGCGUGAGGAACCCAAGAACGUCUGUGUGGGAGGCUGCUAGAAAUUGAGCGUAUCUGGACAACACUCAAGUAAGCACUGUGUUCAUACUUCAAGUAUGGGCUUCGCAAAUAUUUCAUCCACUCAUUGUUUUAGUUAAUCUGUUUUCAGGGGUGGCUGUCGUUCUCUGUCUGGUACCAGUGUUGCGUCCCCUGUUGUUGCUGGUGCAGUUUCUCUUUUAUUGAGGUAAACAUCAGUUUUGAUUCUUUAGCACUUUCUUGCAUGUUCUGAGGGUCAGGGUUAUUUUUUGGAGUGAUUCAACAAGUGGCUUGAAUUGGUGACAUUUACUGUGCCACUGCUUUGCGCAUUCAGCAAGUACCUCCUGGAGAUGUAGAAAUAGCUUCAGAAUAAUGGGAAAUACGAAAAGUCAGUUUGAAAAGUUUCUCUGAAGAAGGAAAAAUUGUUUUAACGCAAAUAAUUUGAAGGUCAGGGAGCUGAUCAUUGACUUUUAAGGGAAGCAUUGAGUGAUUUAGGAUGCGUUCGAUUGACCUUUAAUGCUCGAUUCUAGAAGAGGAAUACAUAGAAUAAUCAUUGACCUGCUAUUCCAGUUCUGCGGAAUAAGCAGGACAUAAUUGCGCAAGAUUCUGCUCCGAUAGUGGAAUAAUGACGUCAUUUGCUCGUGUCCCAGCUGGUUUUCACAAUUAUAGAGACCUUAAGAUCGAGGUUUGGCCAUCUUACUGCUAACGGCUAACCACGGCUUGCGAUAUGCGGUUCAACGUUACUCGCCUGCCCGUAUUUGGGACUUAAGAUUCCCAAGUGGUAUCUCGCGGCUUCCAUGUUUGUAUUCAUUCAUUCGUUCACUUUUAUUUUAGCUGAGAAAUUGUCUUUAAAAAUUACGUUUCGAAGAAAAAAUUCCAUAGCUGAUAAGCAAAAGAGUUCUAAAAGAAGUGUUUUCUCUCAAAUGUGGGAUUGUGAUGUUAUAGAAUGCAAAAAAAAUCCUUGGGGUAAAUCACCUACCUCUAGAGCGUGGUCUAGCCGUACGAACGUGAACCUCAAACCACAAACCUGCAAGGUACUAGUCACGUGACCUCUUGAAGUUCGCCGUUUGCGGGAACUGCCGAUCUUAAGGUCUCUUAAGGUGGACAUACCCGGUGACAGUAAACAGCAUUUAAACAAGGAAAAUGAUCAACUCCAUUGUAAAGGUUACUACUGGGGUAGAGAAGAAACAUGUUGACCUAAUUAAUUCCUUGAAGAAAAGCGAAAAAGCCUCUGAAUUUCUCAGUCGGCAUAACCUUUACUAGUGUAAAAUCAUUUUUAAUACAAAAAGGAGUUUUUUUUCAUGUUGUCCAUAGUGCUGUUCAGCAUCGUGGAAAUGCUGUGAAUCCGGCCAGUGUCAAACAAGCUUUGAUGGCUUCAGCUCGCCGCCUUCCAGGCUUCAACAUCUUUGAACAAGGUACAUAUUUUCUUCUUGACUUGCAUGUAUUUUGUCUUGGAAAAGCAAAUUGCCUCUCUAUGCUCAGGGCUCGAGACAAGUCCCGUCCAGCAGUCUGGGGCAGGUAGAUUUUCUUGCUGGGCAGGUAACUAUAAAGCUCACCUGCCCAAUGGGCAAAGAUAGCAAGUCAUCUUCUAACUAAAUCAUUAACUAAGAUGAGCAAGAAGUGUCCGCAGGCAAGCGAAAUGUGAGAGUUGGUUGCCCAAAGGACAAGCUGGAAUUCAAGUUCUUUUCGAGCCCUGAUAAUCAUUCGUAUAAGAAGAGAAGCUUUUUAUCCUUUCACAGAAUAUUUUUGAGAGGUGAAAGAUGGAAUGUUUUCUGACAUGCGCAUGUGGUUUCAAUAAAUGAGCAGGGAGGUAGCCGUGAGUCCACCACGUUAGACUCGCAAUAUAGCGGGUCCCGGAUUCCUGUCCCACCCUGACCGCUAGCUGGAUUUGUUUCUCGGUUUUCCUGUGUUUACCUCCUCGGUCAUGCAUGUAUAAAUAGAAAGCUGUUUACCUCCUGCACGUUGGGGUUUUUAGCUAUGUUACCUUUAAAUUGUUUUGUGGUGACUAUUUGAGUAUGGUGCACUUCCACUGUAAACAAUGUAUUUACUAUUAUAAAUGAUACGCAAGUGUUAAUGUUAAGAUACCCCUCUAUAUGGAACACGUAGGGUAACAAAUGCAUUGUCUCUCUUGCUAUAAUAAAAUAUAUGAAAUAUUGCCCUGAUACGGAUAUACAUGUUUGUAAGGUAUCGCCGUUAUAACAAACGGUUUUCCUGCCCUUGAACACUCGUUGAUUAUUAACUGUGAGGUGGAAGUUUUUUCCUAUCAGACUGUUUUUGUUUUAUUUCAGGUCAUGGCAAACUUGACCUCAUCAAAGCAUAUCAGAUUCUCAGCAACUACAAACCUCAAGCAAGGUAUUGACCGUCAGUUUGAGCGUACAGUCGAAACCCUACUUAUGGUCGCCUCUUAAUGGAUACAUUAAUUGGCUCUAACUAGGAUUUAUCGUUUGGGAGAGAAGUCCCAAGUGGCCAAAGGCUACGAGCCUCUUAGGGUGGUCCGGGGGCAUACCCCCCGGAAGUUUUUUGAAAUCAAUAUGUGCAGAGAUGCAAUCUGGUGCAUUUUGAGACACAAUUUUGAGAAAUGUUACAGUGUGUACACUGACCUCGUCAAGUCUGGAUGAUUUUCCCGAUAUGUUUACUUAUAUACUGUAAUGAUACCAUUUUUUUUUUGGGGGGGGGGGGGAGUUUCUACCCCUCAAAUACCCUAGAUAGAACCCUGCAUGUGAAACUAUUAUUUACUUUGUCUUCUAUGAAUAAUAAGGGCUAGGAGACAAAAGGACAGUCCUUUUUGCCUACAACAUAUGUUUGUAAAUCAAAAUGAAUCCACUCCCAACUCCCGAUUCUUACAAUCUUUUACUUAAAUCUGUUACUAGCUAUACUUCUUUAGUUUCCAAAAAAAAUUAACCACUUGCAAAACAGUAUAACUUUCUGUACAUGUAUUCCCUAGUGCAUAGACUCAAAUAUUUUUGUGUUUGUCUUGUUUCUUGGCAGUUUGAGUCCUGCGUACAUAGAUUUAACCGAGUGUCCUUACAUGUGGCCAUACUGCACACAGCCCAUCUACUAUAGUGGAAUGCCAACCACUGUAAAUGUAAGUCCUGUUUUGACAUAAUGGCUUGUUUUGAAUUACUUAUCAAAUGGCCUGUCAUAAACUCAACGUCACUGAUUCAUGACAACGAGGCCAUGUGGCUUUGCGAAAGCGAGGCAGUUGGCGUCAAGACAGAGAGUUCAAAGGAAAGCUGUAUUCAAUCCGCAAAGGCAAAAUCUUCAACGUCAUCAGGAAAUUUUUGUCGCCUGGUCGUACAUUGUUGUCAUAAUCAUCAUCACUGUCAGCAGUUUUAGGAUGACUGUUUUGAUUACAAUGUGCACCAUGAAUUUCAAAAGAAACAACAACAACAUUAAUAACGAAACCUUUUUUCCACUUAAUAUGCUUAAGGUGCCUUAAUCAAGAUUCGUGUUCACUAUGAGCUGUGUGUCUUAUUCAUUGUCUUGCUCAUGCAACGUUUCUUUUGUAACUUACGCGAUUUUGAAAGGAUUCUUAACGAUCGCAUGAUUGUUUCUUUAAUCAGAUCACUAUUCUGAAUGGAAUGGGAGUCACUGGACACAUCGAAGGACAUGUAAGUUACGUUUCUCCUAUACAAAGCCCCCACUCUUUUAUCCUGAUUCAGCAGAAACUUACAGUCAUGUAGCAGCUCCCUUAACCUUAACGAUAAUAAACAAUGAUGUGUUGUUGCUUUCUGCGACCAAUGAGGAAACACCUUACGAGCAUCUCCUACAUUACCCGAAACGUAGUGGUACGUGCAUUAUUGGUCAUUUUGAGGUCGAACGUGAGACUGGUACCGAGUUUUGUCGAAUUGCACUGUGGUACUGUUUUCGGAUGCUAUCGCCCUUUUUUAUUGGCUAUUACGAGGUGGCGCAGGGAGCUGAAUCCAAAUUCGCCCCCAAAACGGUUUCUUUGUUCGAAUUCGAUGGAAAAUUGCUUUAAAGGGGAAACUACAGUUGUCACGUGGAAAUCGAGAGGUAAAUGGCACCUACAGCUUCUGACACGCUGUUGUUGUAUUUUGAAAUCGAACAGAGGAACUGUCUACGCUCCGAUAAAUAUCCCUAACAGAAACCCCCCCCCCCCCCCCCCCACAAAAAAAAUGUAAAGAAUGUAUCAUUAAUGAUGUGUUUACAAACUAAAGUAGCGUCCUGUAACCAUAAUCAGCGAAGACCAGAGCUGCCGUACAAUGCUUUUGUUCAGAAUAUUUAAUGCAAACGUAAUCUGAAAAUUAAAUUCACUGUUCUUCCUAUUUACAGCCAACUUGGCAUCCCUAUCCGUCUCAAAAUGGAGACUACAUACAGGUAAAAACAUUCGUAGUAGUUCCUGUGAAACGAUUCACUUUUAAUCGUCUAGUUAUAUAUAACACAUAGUGACAAAGUGGUUCACUGAGAAGAAGUUGAAUAAACAGCACGUACGGGAGAACUGCUGACUAGCUUCGAAAUGUAUGAUCUUGUGAUAGAAAAGUGUGUCGAAUAGUUGAUAUUACUUUCCUUCCCUUCCCUUCCCUUAUUACUUUGAUAUCUGAAGGACAAAUUAAUGAUGCAAAAUGGAGAGUUUUUCGUCUGAUUUCCAAACUCUCAUUUAACAUUAUUUCCUCUUGCAUUAACUAUUUUCUGUAGAAAAUAUUAAUGAGUCUGAGAACAUCAUUAUGCGAAAACUGUUUUGCAGCUCAUCCUGCUUUAAGGUCAGGAAGGCACCCUUCGAUUGCCUUUUUUGCUUUCAUGGCUGCACAAAGCAAGGUCUUAAUGUGUGUCGCUAUCUUGGCUUGUUUCAUAAUAAUAUUCCAAGACGAAACACACCAACAUAGCUCUUAAAUGUGGGCGAAUUUUCUUGAAUUGAUUUCUUAAUUGUGGUGUUCAUGUUCAGAAAGAGAAAGGGAAACUAGCUUUGUCUGCCGUCCACGUGUACCAUAAAACGUCGGCCUGCAUAAAGAUAUUUUACAUUUUAGUUGUUUAGAGAACAGUAAAGAAAUGUACAAGUUCCUAAGAAGUGUGAUGCACGUGCAGAGUUGUUUUGCUCGUAUAACCUGUUUUUGGUGUUGCUCACAAAAAUGACCAAAACAACAACAAUGCGUUUCACUGCCGUGAUAAAACGAUUACGACGUGAAAUUUUGUAAUUGUUCAUUUCAUGGACGACAUUAAAACAGGACGACGAGUUUCUUUUUCUUUUUCUGAACGUGAAUACUGUCCUUAAGAAAUCAAAUACAGAAAAAGUCGCUGACAGUUGACAAAUUAAAAAAAGAUGGAAUGACAGCGAUCAAGUUUGAAACAGCGCAAAUUCACAUUUUAGUUAUCGUUUCUCCUAAUUUUCAACCGUGGACAUUACCCUUGUACAUAAGAAGGCUCACACGACCAAAAUUGAAUUGCCGCAAGAAAUGAUCUGAAGCUGUAAUACAUUUGUUCAGCUUUCAUUUACCAGAACAGCAUGACGUACAGUGAUUGCUUACUUACUUUUAUCUGCCUUUUCCUUGCGUUAAGGUUGCCUUUUCUUAUUCAUCUGUUCUGUGGCCGUGGUCUGGAUAUCUGGCUGUUAUCAUCACGCCUGCUCAAAAAGCUGAAUCAUGGGAAGGCAUUGCGCAAGGUCACGUGUCACUCACCGUGAUUUCCCCGCCGCAGGUAUGGGUGGUUGUUUCAAAACGUUGCUGAAGUGUAACCACUGUUUUAAAUUUAUGGUAGGACCCUGUUCGUUUUCCUGCUAGCAAUUUAAAGCUCUUAACUAUAUUUGUUCGGGCUCAACUAUCAAACUGAAACAGUACACAAGCAGUUAGAGUACGUAGGGAAGGAUUGGUUUUCUUACUUCCACAUGACAAACAAAAAAAAUAUAUAUAUUGAUACGUAACUCCCUUUAGCCACGUUAAAGAUAUAGUACAGUCGACACUCUCUUGAUGGACAACUCUAUAAGACGGACGCCUAAACUUGGUCCCUGCAGUUCCUCAGUAAUUUUUUCUUGACUGUCUCGACGAAGGGUACCUUUUAUAAGACGGUCGACCGGCAUGGAUUGGUUUCUUCAAAGAAAGAGUUCACAGCAUACCGUUUCUGUGAAAUUCUUGGUUAAGCCGUCUCGUAUGGUUCACAUUCUCAUGCAAAUUAUACAAACCUUACUGUAAGGGUAACCGCUGAAAUUGGAAGCGUCAAGAGGUCGUAUCGUGCAUGUGUCAUGUUGUUAUACUCUGCUAAAGCGUGAAGCAUCCUGGUCCAGAGUCAUCUUAUCUCUAACUAUAUGACGUUAUUUCUGACCUGCAGGAGUCGGAGAUUGAGCCAAGAAGAUCUACCAUCAAACUUCCCGUUCGUGUCAAAGUGAUACCCACACCACCUAGAAGGUUUGUAAUGCUGUUUGCGCAUUCGGUCAGUAAAAUAGGUAAUUUUGCACUUGCGUGUCUUUUGCCAUGUUCACACUAUCACUGGAUAGCUUUUCGUGCCGACACUAAAAGCUGUCCGUUAUAUUGCUAACAUCCUCUCUUUCCUACUUAUUCAAUUCCGCUAUAGUCUGCUACUCAGUCGUUUUUAGUGUCGUCACGAAACGUCCCCAGCGUUGCGUGACGAUGUUAAAAACGGCUGUGUAGCCGACUACUUCCGCUACGGUCCGAACACAGAACCUAUCCGAUAUGUGACUCUCCAAUGAAGAGAUCAUCGUGGCGCAGCUUCGCUCCGUUACAGAAAUCGCGCUGGAAUAACCGUCAGGGGCGAUUACUGGGCAGAGUUUUGCGUUGUUACUGAAUUUGUAUUUCAUUUUGUAUUUGUUUUUUGACCAUUCUCAUCAGACUCUUACCCAUUUAAUCCUUGCAGCAAGCGACUGUUAUGGGAUCAAUAUCAUAACCUUCGCUAUCCUUCCGGAUAUUUCCCGCGAGACAAUUUGAAGAUGAGGAACGACCCCUUAGACUGGUAAGUUACGAUUAGCUUUGUUUUGUAGCGCAAAUAGAGAGCUUAAGUGGAAGUUAUUGCCAAUCAGCUGGUAUAAUUGUUGAACUUCACUUUCAGGAAUGGUGAUCACAUUCACACCAACUUCAAGGAUAUGUACAUGCACCUCAGGAAUGCCGGGUACUUUGUGGAAGUUCUUGGUUCGCCGUUCACGUGCUUUGAUGCCACAAAAUACAGUAAGAAGCCAUUUUCUUUCUUUUUUUGAGGCUCUAAAAUUUGUAACGCUUCGCAUCUUAUAAAUCAGUUGGCGCCUAUACAAAGACUGUAUAUAAUGCUCGAAUGCAAUGACUUUUGGAUCACCUAGUAAACAUUUAGUAAAAACUGCAUGUCGCUGUGAGCGUGUAGAGUGUUUCUGAUCUACCUAACGGUAGUCAACGAGGUCUUUUUCAUUCUACUUAACUUGGUGUAAUUAUGGUUCGGGAAUAUUUCCCGGCGCUGGUUUACAAUCAAGGACUGUAUCUUUCAAUUCCACUAAAUGCGUUUAUUCUCUCUCAAGGUGGGUUCAAUGUUACACCCUCAAUGUCUUUUCCGUUCUAAACUACAGCUCUUAAUACGUCAGUCUCAUACUUUCACAAAAAAAGAAAUACUAUAAUGCUGCGGUUAAUUCUUGGCUCGCUAAACGUUAUUGUAAUGCGUAGCUCGAAAUCAAGCCAAAAUUGUUUUUUGUUUCCUUAAAUCAACACGUCAGCUAUAUUAUCUAUGCAAUCUGUAAGUAAAUGUCACGCAGUGACGUAAAAUAAGCAACUAUCGUUACGUAGUAUAGAAUACAAUUGACUAUUAUCUGACAGUAAUGUUAUAUCCUACAAAAAGUUGUAUUCGCGUGCUGACUUCGAUGCUGUGUCUGUUGUUAUGCCAAUAAAACAAUAAGUGCGCCUGGCUUUAAUGCUAUUUCAAUUUUUGUGCACUGGCAAAAUACUCUGAGCUACUGACUGACUGAAGUAUCAUAUUGCCCUAUGACACACAAUUUCUGUGAGUCAAUGAACUUUUAGCCCCUUAGUGUCCUCACGUUCUUUAUACGGUCCACUCCUAUUAUUCUUUCUUUGGAUUCUGCGUUUAUUCUCGGACAAAAAUCGCUGACAUCAGUCCCUAAGCUUAACUGAUUGUAACGUUUCGUGUUGUUUUCUCUUAGGUACGUUACUUCUUGUAGACAGCGAAGAAGAAUACUUUGCCGAAGAGAUCACCAAAGUAAGGGAAGACGUUGAAGAGAAAGGCUUAUCAGUUAUCGUGGUGGGCGACUGGUUCAAUGUCCCGGUUAUGAGGAAGAUCAAGUUUUAUGACGAAAAUACGAGACAGUGGUGGAUGCCUGAUACGGGCGGAGCCAAUGUUCCAGCGAUCAACUCACUUCUCUCUCACUGGAACAUAGCUUUCAGUGACCAGGUGUACGAAGGGGAGUUUACAAUCGGCGAGAAUAAAGGUGAGACUAAAGGUUUAGCAAAGCUUCUUUGUUUCCGUUAAUGUGAACCUUUCUAAGGGCCUGUUUACAUGGAGGUAGGGGACCACCAGUCUGUGAGGUAACCUGGCAGUCCAUAUAAUCUCUCAUUUUAAUUUGAUCGCGUUUACAUGAUAGGUGGAGUAACCUUAUGAGAGAUUAUAUGGACAGGCGGGCUUUGUUUUUUAUCACUAAAAGGAACAGAAAGGGUCGGCUAAAUAGUUGUAAGUAUUAUUUCAUCGGCAGAGUAAGCUAAAUUUUGAAAUUACAUCACAUUUAUGUCGUUAUGAUUAACUCAGUUUUUGUUGUUUCAGUCUCUGGGCCAAUUAUUUAACGUUGUGUAGCCCUUUUUUAACAAAACUGCGUUCUAAGCCACUUUCAGUUUGCUCAACGCUUUUAUCUAAACACCAUUUUUCAUGAACAAUUUGAAUAAAGCUUAUUGCGUAGUCUGGAAAAGCACUUACUUUCUUAAAUUAGCCUCUUAAGAAGAAGAUCUGGAGGGCGAAUGAUUUCUUAAAAACCGUGGCCUAAAUUAGACUUCGUUUAAAUAACCGACCCUCUGUGUUUAGUCUUCCUUAUUUUUUAUUUCAUAAAGGUGGUUAGGGUAGCUUUUGUCUAAAUUUUUAAUUUUUCUUAGUUCAAAUUUUGUCAGACUUAAGCUGCCUUAAUGAUAACAAAUGCUUGUCUUUUGUUGUCGUUUUCUGGUUUAUUUCUGUCAGCAAAACUACCAGCGUUCGCAGUUCUUUCGUCCGCUAUAGCUGAAGAUUGAAAUUCUUGAAUUCAGCUGAGCUACAUUACAAAUUUUAACAGAUUGUGCACGUUUUAAACACUUCGCUUUCUAAUUGUUUUCUGUAGUCUUGUACUCGUCCGGAACAAGCUUAGCCUCGUUUCCAUCCGAAGGCCUGGUGAUAAAACAGAAGCUGAAUCAUCAGGGAAACGAGGUUGUGACGGGGGAGACUAAGACCGAAGAAGAUGUGGCGAUCUUGGGUCUUUAUCAGGUACCAGGGCCCUCGAGUGGCAGGUUAGCAUUGUAUGGCGACUCCAACUGCCUGGACAAUGCACACAUGGAAAAAGGUAUUGGAAUCCUUCCUCCAUAGAAAGGAUGUAUCAUUGCAGUGCAUCCCUUGAACAUAAUUGGUCCCAGGAACGCUGAAGGCAGCAAACUACAGUGGAACCCCGCCUUACGGCCACCUUUUUUCGGCCCGGCGAAAAGGCCAUACAUUUUCUAGACUGCGAGCAGUCUCUCCUUUUCUUCAGAUUUAGUGAGAGAAAUGCACGCGCGCGGGAGCGGCGAAGCCGCGAGACGCGCGAAACAAGGGCGGCAGCCCGAGAAGAAAAAAGAUAUUUUCUUAUUAAAAAAAAAAUCUCGUUAAUAUGGUUAACGGCCAGGUUUUUAAAGACUCAAACAGUGGAAUAUUUUAUAAUUUUACCCCAUUUAAUACAGCCACUUAUUCGAAAUUUAGAAAAUCACAAUGCGUGUGACGUGUCAUUUUGAUUGACCAAGUAGGCUAAACCUGUUCUUGCUUUGUUUUUAGGCUAAAAUGCAUUUCUGACGGUUUAAUAGCCGAUAUUUAAGAGUGUUCUAUGUUCUGAAGGAAAGUUUCAAGUAGUUUUUACAGUUACUGUACGCAAUAUCUACAUUCCGGUUGGUUAUUAAAGAGAAUAGUUGUCACUCAAGGAGUGCGAGUGCGAUGUAUAGUGUAUUCUUCAUAACGGCCUCAAGUCAUGAAAUUUGACCCUGCCCCCGGUAAUACGUCCACCCCGUUGAUUCGGCCAAUUUUUUUUUUCCAACCCAUUGUUGACCGCAUUAACGGGGUUCCCUGUAUACAUGUAUGUACGAGGCAGUGUUCCCAACGGAUUAAAGAGCUGGACUGGCAAUUCGAAGGCCCCGAGUCCAAGCCUUGAAAUAACCUUUAGUUGGAAUUGGAGUUAUUGUGUGGCUGCCAAUGUCAAUUUUAGCGUGGUUUACGUAGUGUGGACCGACACGCGUCCGGUCAUCAAGACCUUUUGUAGCAGGUUACAUCAUAACAUCAUACAACAUGAAACACGGUGGUUGCAUUUUUGAAUGACAGCCAAAGGUAUGUGCUUACUGUUUUUGCUUUUUUUGUUGACAGAUUGUUUUUGGCUUUUGGACCUGCUGUUGGACUUCACUUCAAACAAAAUAUUAUCUCCCAUACUAAAAGAUCUGGACAGCGGCCCUCCCAAACCCUCCGAAUCAGUACCAGAAAGAAUGGACGGUGAGAGUUAUAGAACACGUAGAGUAUGAACAUAAUGCAUGGCCAUUUUAGCGUCAGUUUAUACACGAGCCGUCGUCUCCGUCAUGCUGUCUUUUGAAGCAUGAGUAGCGAUAACGACGACCCUACUGAAAAUAUUUCCUAAUUAAAAUUGCCUUUGUUGUGUUUGUUGCUUGGUUUUAAGAAACCAUCACUGAUUAUUCAAAGUCUUUGAACUUAUUGAAAAUUGUAAUUCUUAUUAAAAACAAUGUUUGAGUCACAAGAAACCACUAUUUCCUUUGACGGUUAUUCUCCCCACAAAAUACAAAAUUUGAACAGUAUUGUUUCUUACUCAUGAAAGUAAGAACUGAAUAAGCGUCUUCAUCCAUAUUCUUUGUUGGUGGUUUUCAGGAAGUCACCUUCAUAAAUACUCAAAAGUACUGGACUCAACUCAACUUGGAGCCAUUGAGACAGUGCCUUUACCAGAAUGUCCCACGCAGGCGUGGAGCAAACCAGAGCCCCUCAAUAUAACGGCCCCUGAGAACCUUCACAAGCAAAGAUGGCUCCUAUCAAUUAAUCUUGAUCAAGUAGGUGCUUGUUUGUCACUCUCUUGUAUCUUGGCUUCUGCCUGCAAACAUUUGCAGUGAAAACACUGUGUUGAGAGUAACUUUACAGGGCGAGUGUAUGGUGAAGUCAAGGUAUAAUCUCGCUAAAACUCAGUACCGAGAAAAUGAAAAAAUACGUCCAUUGUAACAGGAGUCUCGAGGUCCUUUUCUACACUUAUAACAAAUAUAGAAGUACUCUCCCGCUCAGGCUUUUGGUUGGCUCUUUGCAUGAUGAGCCGAGAAAGCCAAACGUGUGAACGAUUAUCUUUCGUUAAGGCACUUACUUUGUUAUAUGAGAGUUGUACUCUAAUUUCUGGGUGAAUUUCGGAACUCGGUCAAGUAUUCUCCCGUUUGUCCCAGUAACUAUAAUGAUAAGCAAUCAUUGGAUUCGGCUUUCGAUCGAGGAGGGUGUUAUUGGCAUUCUAAAUAAUCCCAAAAAUUAGACUUACCUCGAUCGAUGUUAAGUUCCCGUCUUCAAUUGCAUCGUUACACUUGGUAGUUAAAGAACGUAAGAAAAGGUUAUGUGGCUCGCGAGGCUGGAAUAUUGACUACUAUUGUUUUUUCUGUUGCCUAGCUACCCGUGAUCGUCCCGCGUCACGUGCAGCGAGUAGCACCGUACCCGGAUGUAGGUGAUUCAGACCCUGAAGAACUCCCUGUUGCAAGUCAUAUGAGCGUAAUGUCCACCCUCCCAAUGUACGUUGUACUGUUCACAGCAAUGGUUGUUUUGUAUUGCGUUGUUCUUUCGUGUCGAGCGCAUCGUAAACCACGAGCUAAGAAAGGCAAACCUCCUAAAGCAGCGCGCCUGGCUGUACCGAGGACCAAACUGCCCUACGUGUGA